AUGGUGUCGGUGUACUAUUUUAUCACCCUGAUGUGUUGUGUAAAUAUUGUGGUGUGUGGAAGCAACAGCGUGAAAGGAAAGAAAGUAACUGCAGCCAGAUUAUCUGGUGAGAGAAAACAAACAGCUGGACCAGAAUGCUCUUUAAACAAGGACAUAGGCGACUGCAAUAGAAACAUUAAGAGAUACUAUUACGACCAAACAACUGGAUUUUGCCGGGAGUUUAAUUAUACAGGAUGUGGGGGAAACCUCAACAACUUCUUUACAUUAGACAAAUGUUACAGCAGAUGUGUUUGUUCGAAUCAAAAAGCGGUUGGCCGAGGAUCUAAAAGAAUAACACGAUACUUCUACAAUGCGGAAACAGAGAAAUGCCAGUCGUUUAAAUACAAAGGUUCAGGAGGUAACGCUAACAGGUUUCUGUCCAUAGCGCAAUGCCAGAGUGUGUGUGAGGAUGCGACAUUGAGGCUUAAAUGUAAGGAACGACCAGAGAUCGGGACUGACUGUAAUAACAACUCUACUGUACAAUUUUAUUACGACAAACAUUGUGACUGUUGUAGAAAGUUUACAUAUCUUGGAUGUAGUGGUAAGGGGAACAGAUUUACAACGCGCCAAAGUUGUCAGCAGACAUGUAAACUUGAAGAUCCUUCAACACCAGCACCGCCAACACGACCCCCGAAGCCGACUCUGUGCUUCUUUCAGAACGUAUAUGGAGACUGUGAUAAACUUCGUACUCGAUAUUUCUAUGAUAAUCGACUAAGUAGAUGUGUACCCUUCACAUAUUCUGGGUGUGGUGGCAAUGAAAAUAACUUCCUUUCUCUGAGAGCGUGUGCAGCAUUUUUGCCAUUCAAGUCUAUGAAUUACAAUAAGAUAAAAAAUAUGAUCCUUAAGGACGUGGCAGAUUAG